GUAAUUUUCCUCCUCAGUGUUUUGUGUAUAUUGUUUUGCAGAAAUAUCAGUCAUUCAGAAAACGAUGGAAAUAUUGGCUAAAUUUAAAAUAUUCGCAAUUGUAGCCUCAUUUCAUCUCGAGGCUUUGCAAUCACCGUAGUUGUGUUGCACGGCUGGGAAAUUUAGUUUAGUUAAUAUUAUUAUAACUUUCCUGGUUCACAGUUCAGGGGGACUUGAGUUACCUCUAGUCAGGACAAGGAUCAAAAGUUGCCAUGGAUCCAGAACGGGCAAAAGAUAUCCGUGCAAGGAUUAAGGAGAGAAAAGAGCAGAGAAGGAAGACGAGGGCGAAAGGGUUUGUGACCAAAAGACGGCGACAAAAUCUCAAAGAAUGGGUCACAUUUCAAAGACAACGCUUUAACUUUGAAGAAACCCGUAAAAAAAAGAUGCAAGAAAGAGAUAAAGCCAUCAAAGAGAGAUGUGGACCGAAUAAAUCACCAAAUUCGAUGGGUGAAGAGGAAGUUGUCCGCCUAUGCAAGUUGUACCAGAAUCACGUCGCCAGGUUGGAGGAAGAUUUGUAUGACAUUGAUUACGAUGUCCGCUUCAAAGACAUGAAGAUUAACGAGUUGCGCCUCGAGUUGGACGAAAUGAGGGGAAGAUUUGUCAAGCCGGAGCUGAAGAAGGUGCGACGCUUCUUACGAUGAGGGAAUGUUCUCAAGACGAUACCCAUUUUUUUAAUGUUCAUUAGCGAAUUGUGUUAAUUUUUAACUUGGAAUUUACAAACUGCUUAGCUUCUUCACGUAUAAGGGAAGAGUACGUGCUUCUCCAAUGUAUGGUUGAGGUAAGAAAGGUAGACAAUCGAGGCAGGGUUUUGAGUUUUGCUCGAUAUUACCUACAGCCUUUGUUGAGUUCUGGCGGGCAACCGUUCAAAACUUUUAAGUCUCGAGACUCUCUUAAGGGGUGGAUCGGCACCCUACUAAACACACCUUUUCUUAUUCCUCUUGUUGAUACCUCUCUAACGGUAUAAACAAAAUUCUGAAAUUUUCACAUACAGUCAAGUUACUUAAUAUUUGGCCAAAUGUCUACCUCAACCAUACAUAAGCCAAGGCCAAGAUGUUAAACAAUGCAUCUGAUAAAAAUAAAGGCAGAGAUGAAUAUUUUGGUUAGAGUGUGUGAUACCAGCAAGAAGAACGAUGCAUUUAUAAUUGCAUAAUUAAAAUACUUUGGGCUAGAUUACCUAGGCAUGUGUAUGUCCUCCGGAGUGAAUAUGCAUAGUUGGGAAAAAACAUGUGAAAAAAACGACGUGGGAAAAUAUUCAAAUCAAUGAUA